AUGCCCCAUUGGGUCCUCUUCCAUGAAAGAAUUCUUCAGUCAGGACCCAGAGACGGUUGUCUCGAGGAGAUCUUACACAUGAUCUACCAUUCGGGAUAUGCCAGGGUCUACUACGAUGCGCUCGGGGAAGAGGACUCCAAGCUUGCCCAAGCCAUGGAGAAGCAGAUGGGGGACUGCGGCCAUGCCUACGAUGGCACAUCCAAAUAUCCGAAUUGCACUUUUAAUUUUUAUCGCACGGAUAAAACUUGCAAUGCCGGCUGCAAUGCCGCUGAGUAUCAGUGGGUGACGUUGGUAUCACUACUCGGAGGUCUCGACGGCACGGUGGAGUCCGCAACCAACGGCAACCGGUGGUGUCCGACCUGGGAGUGGAAACUCUGCAGCAAGAAAGACAUCAUGGACAAAGACCCGGACAUUUACCAUCUCUAUGAUUUGGACGGCGCCAACCCGUACAAGUUGCCAGACAAGUUGCCGAGUGGCAGGUACCGCCCCCACCCGAAGCCGAAGGUACGUGACAUGGAGCUCAACCACAAGUGGUAUUGGCCGAACGAGUGCGGCCACGAAGUGUUCUGCCCCAAGAAGACGUGCGCCAGGCUGUGA